CAAAUUAACGGACUGUUUGUAGAAAUAGGCGAUUAUAAGGCAUAUAAAGACUAUGGAGUGAAUGCCAGGGACUGUGGCAUCAGAUUUACGCCCGAAUUCUUGAAUAUAAAAUAUGAUAUGAAAUGCUUUCCCAAUAACUAUACUGUGAAACAAGUGAUGGAUAUUUAUGGCCCACACUAUGAGUCCCAUUACAACCUACCGGACAGUCGUAUAGGAUAUGGUGUGGACUCCAAGUACGCUGAGGCGCCCUGGGCUGUCAAAUUAGUCAUGUUAAAAGGCCAAGAUUUGGACGGAUGGUAUUGUAGCGGAUCAUUGGUCACCACAUUAUGGGUCUUAACGGCUGCCCAUUGCUUUGAUAAUGGUAAAAUUAAUAAUGUGUGGAAAAUAAUGACCGGUAAGAAUUGGAGAAUACCGGUGGACACCAGACAUAAGGAUGUUGUGGUUAUUCAUGAAAACUACACCAAAAAUACAGAUCUCUAUGACUUGGCUUUGGUUAGACUCGACAGCGAGUUCUGGCGUCUCAAUGAUAGCCGACAUUAUCUCAUAAACACUAUAUGUCUGCCAGAAAGCGGACGAAUAAACCACGACUUAGAGUUGGCCACACUAUUCGGGUUUGGGUGGAUCGGGGAUAACGGCACUGUCCCCGACAUUUUACAACGUGGUCAAUUUAUUGUUGAGCCGUGGACUGAAUGUCCCAGAAGUCUCGACGUGAUGGAUAUCUAUGGCCCACACUAUGAGCCCCAUCGCAACCUACCCAACAGUCGUAUAGGAUAUGGUGUGGACUCCAAGUACGCUGAGGCGCCCUGGGCUGUCAAACUAAUCAUGUUAAAAAGGGGUGAUAUAAUAACGGGAACGUAUUGUAGCGGAUCAUUGGUCACCACAUUAUGGGUCUUAACGGCUGCCCAUUGUUUUGAUGGUGAUAGAAUCAAUAAUACGUGGAAAAUAAUAACCGGUAAAAAUUGGAGGAAACCGGUGGACUUCAGAUUUAAGGAUAUUGUGAUUAUUCAUGAAAACUACACCAAAAAUACAGAUCUCUAUGACUUGGCUUUAGUUCGACUCAACAGCGAGUUCUGGCGUCUCAAUGAUAGCCGACAUUAUCUCAUAAACACUAUAUGUCUGCCAAAUGCCGGACAAAUCAAUAAUGAGUUAGAGUUGGCCACACUAUUUGGAGUUCCCGCAGAGAAACGCAUAUUAAUGGUGGGAAGCGUUUACUUCAGAGCCAUGUUUUCGGGAAGUUUUGCUGAAAAUGACAAAAAAGAGAUUGAAAUCAAAGACACCACUUAUGAGGCGUUCAAAGCCAUUGUUUGGUACUUAUAUACUCACGAGUUAUCAUUUGAUUACAACGAAGGCUUGGAUUGUAAACUCGUGGCCGAUGUGUGCAAACUGGCCGACGCUUAC